AUGGCAAUAAAUCAUUCUUACGCUUUGAUCCACCAAAACCGUUACAUCCAAGAGGGCUCCAAAUUCCACAGCCACGUCCAAGUCGUCGAUCUCGUUUCAGGAGAAGUUCGGUCCCGUCUUGCCAACCAUUCCAACGUGUCUAAAGCCGUGCUCCGACGCGGCUUCGAGCGCGGCGACUUCACCGUGCUCGCACUGACGAGUGCCGGUGGCCUCGUGGUGGACUGCGGCGAAGAAGACUCACUCGGCUCUUCUACGCCCGCGCAUCCGGCGCUGUCACCACUCCACAGGUUCACCCCCAAGGCAUUAUCCGCCGACGGAACUCGCGCGUUGUGUUUCGUCGGCGCGACGGGGCCUUCAGAUACUUCGGCCGCUGCCCCGCAGUUCUGCGUUGUGGACACCGUCACCGGAGGGAUACUGUCGGGGCCAUUCGGAGGCGAGGGACCUUUGGAAAUUAUUGGUGAACACUACAGUUUGGAUAUUACGCGGGCCACCGAGGGACUCUUUGGUCCAACAUACCGCGAAGGGUGGUUCUGGAGCACGCUGCAUGGCAGGCUCUACCGAACCCCUGCCCUCGACAACUCGCCAAGCGUUGGUCGAGUUGCGGUGACGUACGACGGGUCGAUGGUCGUAUGGUCGGAUCGGCGCGGGGUCGUGCGCUUCCAUCGCAACGGCCGCGAGCUGCGCCGGUUUGGUCGCCGCGACGCGCAGGCCGGCAGGCAGGCUGUCCGCGAUCGUGUCGGUCCUGGGGGCAGGGAUGGCGCCGCGCGCACGAGCAGCGGCACGGCGCACGGGCGCACGUUUGCGAUCGUCGCGGCGGGCUUCGUCGAGGCUGCGCUUUAG